UGUCAUCAGGGAGAGAUGCUUUCUGUGAACCAAAUCUGUGCAAAAGGACUAUGUUGCCAUGACAACAGACAGUUAGCAAAAAAUCUAAUGAGAAGAUGGGCGGAGCCAACAGUGUCUUCCUACUCGGACGCCACCAGAAGAGGAACCUUCUCACCACCUCUUGAACAACCCGGUCAAAAAAUCCACUGCCAUCUCUCCCAGACACCUCAAUACCUCAACAGACCCACAGAAGUCCAAUUCCCACCGACACCCUGUUGGUGUAGAGCACUGAUGGCGAUCAUUGUUAACCUGGGCUUCGACCGAUCUGGUAUGAACGUCAUUGGCAUAUUUGGUAUGGCAAAGAUUUUACUGCCCUCACAAACACAACCCUUCACAUUGGAUGAGUUUGCAGACUCUGCAGCCACACCUGGUUCCUGCAGGAGGAGUAUCAGACAGCGACAGUAUAAAAAUGGGAGCUGUUCACUGCUCACACACAAAUCUGCACACAUCCUUCAGCAGCCAUGGAUAAACUCAAGUCAAUGGUGGGAUCAAAUCCUGAUGUCGUCGAACAAGCCGGCAAGAAAGCAGGUCAAAUGGUGGAGCAAACGGUGAAGACUGCUUUGAGUGGGAAAGACGGACAGAAAGGAAAGAAGGAACCAGGAGGACAGGCAGGGGUGAAGGUGGAAGGACAAGCAGGAGGAGCACAAGCGAAGGUGGAAGGAAAAGGGGGCUUUGGUCUUGAUGACGCACUUUCUACAAUGGGCAAAUUUUAGGGAGGUUCGAAAGGGUUCCUGGGAAGCUUCGGUCUGUAAAAACUCAGCAGAAUCUUCAUCAGCUUCAUCCAUGUCUGCCACAGGAGCAACUGAAGUCUGAGUCCACAUUUUUAUGUCAGAUUUCCUACAUGAAAGACCAUCAACUUCCUGUGACGUACUCAACAAAAAUAAAUUUCUUUAAGUCAAA